AUCCGGUAUGGCUCCUGCUCAGAGCCCUUAUUGGCGUGGAGUUGCUCCUCCAUCUGGCUAUCAAUCCCAGGCCUAUCUAUCCCAACUACUACUAGCGGGUCAACCUCAACCUCUAUCCGGGACGUUUUGCCCACCAUUUUCUUCUGCUGGCCCUGUCAGGCCUGGAGGGCCAGUUACUUCUCAGCCACCACCUCCGCCUAUGCCAUCUGGGAUGCCCUCUCAGCCCCAGCAGCAGAUACCGCCACUGCCUCCUCAUCCCGCUUUUACGCAACAGGUGAAUAUUGUUCUCAUUUCAUUCGUCUUCAUGCAUUUAAAUUUCUAAGCACAGAACACCCUGAAGUUGAUCCAGAACGCGUUGGAUACCAUUUCUGCAUCUUUGGCGGGCUCAUUAGUUGA